AUGAGCAAUAAGCUCCCCAAAAGUCCAAUCUCCGUCACCUUCCCAUCCAUACCGGAGGAGGAAUCUUCUAACACCACCCCACAAAGGCCAAAGCUCGAAAAGAGUGUCUCCCUCCAACUACCACAAGAUGAUAAAUUUGUGAUCCAAGAACAAUGGCCGCCACAUUUUGAAAAACACCGCACCUCCGGGAAUGAAAGGCGUCAAAGCAAAAUUCAACGGAUCCGGAAUGGAACGGCGAAGGCUAGCAAAACGUUGCGGCGCAGCAUUAGGCAAUUUUCCGUUUAUGCCGGCAAAACAGCAAAAGCCGCGAACGCCUACUUCCGCUGGAAUCUGCUCUUCACGUUUUUGAUUUUCUUCUUCAUCUCGUGCUGCAUUUGGAUUCCGGCCAUCCCAGGGAUAGCGGAUUUUUCGCUGGAGAUCGUGACAAUCAUUUGCAUAAUCUUGCAUCUUCUCUGGAUCGUGGCUGUCAUCAACAACAUCCGUUAUUGGUGGAAAAUUCGGUCAUUCUACAACAGCCAAAUCGAUUGGUCCAAGUACCCCAAUCCGGACAAUGUGCAAAUGAAACACUUGGUAGGAUUGUGCGUCUACAAAGAACCUAUGGAACUGCUUAUGGAUACCAUCGACAGUAUCACCUCGCAGCCGAACUGCAAAGAAAAGAUCUCUAUUUUGAUUGGCAUGGAAGGGGGCACCCCUGAUAAGGAAGAGAAAAAAGCUAUGUUGAAGAAGAAGUAUGAUCCACUUUGCGAGCGCUUCAUCGUAACCUUCCAUCCGAAAGGAUUGCCCGGAGAUAUUCCCGGGAAAUGUUCGAACUUCAACUAUGCAGCGCGGAUGGCCGUGAAAGAGUUGAGAGCCGAUAAGGGUUACCCACUCGGUGAAGAAGGCCACAAUGUCGAACUCCUUGUCACCACUGGAGAUUGCGAUUCCGUUUUUGGAGAUCGUUAUUUUGAAGCGCUGGAGGAAGACUACUGGAAGCUAACCGCUGAUCAACGCCUCAACACCGUCUGGCAGAGCCCGCUCUUCUACUGCAUCAACCUCGACAAGUCGCCAUUCUUCGUACGUGUCACCGGACUCUUAAGGGCUUUCUUCAUGAUGGGUUAUUUGAUCCCCUGGAACAUUAACACCAUGAGCAUCUUCUCGUUGACCCUGAAGCUUUUCGAGGAGGGAGAGUACACUCACCCUGGAUAUCAGAUGGACGACAUUAUUGCCUUGAUCCGCUGGUCGCUUGCCGUUAGGAGGAAAUGCGUAAUUCGGCCGAUCCCUGUUGCUACGCUGUCUGGCCCUACUGCAGGUAAAAACUACUUCGAUGAAUGGUACGAGUGGGCGCGUCAGAUUAGAAGGUGGACAAUUGGUGCUGCUGAGGUGUUCCACUACUUUGCCAUUAAAGCGUUGAGACUUCCAAUUUGGGUGUCUUUGACUUUUGCGAUGAAAUUUGUCUUUUACUACGGAUUCUUGCUUUGUAUCGCAUCAAUCUACACAACUAUCGCUCCAUUUGUGACACCCGCUAUGCUCUCACGUACCGGCCACGGCGUUUGGGGUCUAGUAAUCCCGAACCAAGAUGCCUUCACCUGGAUUAUGCUGGGAUUCCUGGGUCUACAAUACGUGUGGUUCUUCUGCGUCUUUGCCUCUUCUUAUGCUUGUCAGCCGUACUUCCCCCAGAAGAUCAAGGACGAGACCGGAAUCAUUCGAAAUCUGUUCCACUUCAUAAUGUCGCUACCAACAAUCAUCAUGUACUGUUUGGUGGAAUUGGUGGCCUUCCUUGAGGUAACCGUUCGAGGGAAGUCCGUCUGUAGCCAUAACGCUUCCAAGAAAGACGGCCUCGUGGCUCCCGCUCCCAGCAAGAACCCAGACCGGAUGGAGGUG